AUGAGGCAAUCUGUGAGUUUUUAAGAUAUAACUACUUUAUAACUCAAAAUAAGUACGCUAUAAUAGCAAGUCAAUUAAUUGACAAUAGAAAACAGCUCCUUGCAAUAGCAAUUGACAUUUUUAUAAAAGCAACUCUCCCUAUCUAAAUAGUCAGAAGAAGCAUCGUAAUAAAAGAUAAAAUAAUAUGAGCAGCUAUUAUAAGAGUAGAAUCUGUAAUUUUAAGAAGCUCUAGCUAAGUCCUCCGAAAUUCCAAAGCAAUUACAGGAAUAGCUGAAAGUGGUUUUGGAUGAGAAAGAUAGCCUAUUGAAUGAUUUCAAGGAAUAAACAUGGAUUUACAAAAAAACCAUAAACAACUAUGAAUCUCUAACUGCUUAGGUGCAAACUGUGUUUUCAGACAAACAAUAAAGAAAACUCAAAGUUACAGGGCUUAUGGAGCAAUUAUUAUCGCAAUAAUAUAAAAUCACAAAUUGGAAAUUGAAUCCAUAAAUUUAAUAUGAGAAGCAAGAGUUUGAAGUAUUCGAGAUUAAAAUUGGAAAACACAUGAAUAAGAUUCUGGAUAAAAAAUUGUUCUUUUUAGCAAAUGAGGGAUUGCAGAUUGAUAGCCUUGGGAAAAUGCAAGCAUUGGUCUCACUUAAACCUAAUGUAGUAGCAGAUCUUCAAGUGGGGUACAUUAUUGAAGUAUAGACUACCGAUGAUCAAUCCUUAAAAUCCAAAUAUUUGCUAAGGAGAGAACCAAAACAAGAAACCUUAUCAUAAGGAUACCAGAAGAAGUAAGAGGCAAUACAAUAAUCUAUGAAUAAUAUGUUGUGUUCAGCUUUAUUAGAAAGAUUAAGAAAAAGAUAACCAAUUUAUGAUGAAUUUAAAGAUUAUGGAAUCUAAAGAUAAUUUAUGUUGAAGGCUACAAAUUUAAAACUGUAUUAUUAUUGUGAAAUGAUAGAGGAAGGAGAAUUCUAGAAGUUCAAUGGGGGAAAUAUUGAGCCUGUGAUUAAUUCUGAAUUAGAGGACUUUAUUAAUUUUUUCACUUUUGAUUCCUUUUAGGAUAUAGAUGAAAAAUUAGUAGUUAGUCAUAUGCAAAGAUUUGGAUGUUAUUUCCAUGAUAUGAUAGUAUCCACCUUUAUAGGAGUGUUCUCUCAGUAUGAUUAAGGAAAACAGGAGGUGGUGUACACAAUCAAGAAUUUAGAAAAGGCUCUUGGAUUUUCAUCAUAAACCAUAAAAUGA